AUGGUGGUCUAUGAGGGGAAACAGCCUGGCUUUAACAUUGGGGUCUAUGAGGGGAAACAUACUGUCUAUGGAGGGAAACAGCCCAGCUUCAACAUUGGGGUCUAUGAGGGGAAACAGCCUGGCUUUAACAUUGGGAUCUAUGGAGGGAAACAGCCUGGCUUUAACAUUGGGGUCUAUGAGGGGAAACAGCCUGGCUUUAACAUUGGGGUCUAUGAGGGGAAACAGCCCAGCUUUAACAUUGAGGUCUAUGAGGGGAAACAGCCUGGCUUUAACAUUGGGAUCUAUGAGGGGAAACAGCCUGGCUUUAACAUUGGGGUCUAUGAGGGGAAACAGCCUGGCUUUAACAUUGGGGUCUAUGGAGGGAAACAUUUGGGUCUAUGGAGGGAAACAGCCCAGCUUUAACAUUGAGGUCUAUGAGGGGAAACAGCCUGGCUUUAACAUUGGGAUC